AUGACCAUCUUCCAGAUGAACAGACGCAAGGGCCACAAGUUCCUGGCCUCGUGGGCAAUGUUUGGUUUCUGCAUGGCUCGUAUCGUGAGCUGCAUCUUGCGAAUUGCAUGGACGACAAGAAUCCACAACGCCCGUCUCGCCAUCGCCGCAUCAAUCUUCCUCAACCUCGGCGUCAUGGUCGUCUAUGCCGUCGUCCUUGUCCUGGCGAAUCGCAUCCUCCGAGCGACUCAGCCACGACUAGGCUGGAACCCUACACUGAGAAAAGCAAUCAAGAUCUCAUACAUCGGCAUCGUUGCCGUCGUCGUCCUUCUUCUCAGCUUCAUCAUCGCAUCAGUCGAAACACUAGACCAAAACGUCAGAACAGCAUCCCUCUGGAUUCAACGUGCAUCAAACCUCUACCUUCUGCUACUCAACUGCAUCGCACCCGUCUUCCUCAUCCUCUCCUGCCUCUUGCCAACAGACCCAGAAAGCGAGAACUUCGGCUCCGGAAGCAUGCGCUCCAAGAAGAUUGUCCUUGGAGUAGCCAGCUUUUUCUGCCUCUUCAUCUCCGGUUUCCGCUGUGGCACAAUCUGGGCGGCACCGAGACCAGCCUCAGACCCUGCAUGGUAUGACCACAGGGCUCUGUUCUACAUCGUCCUGCUAGGCUUUGAGGUUGUGGUGAUUUAUCUCUUCAUCUUCACCAGGUUCGACCGGCUGUUUUGGGUUCCCAAUGGUAGCAAUGGUGCUGGAGACUACUCCAGAGAACAUGAAAAGGUUGACGAGCAUGUCACUGACAAGGAGGCGGCCUUCGACUCCGACGUGCAGUCUGUAUAA